GAGCAACUCUGGCGGUUGGUUCUUUAUUUCUCUUCCUCAUCGCCUUGUCCCCAAGCAUCCACCAGAGGACGCAGCUCCCCCAAAACUUUCCACCCAGUGCUUGGCUGGAGGAACUCAGUCCACGCUUCUCUGCUAGUCUAGGCCCGCGGUUAAGUCAAUGCAACCCGAUACCCGGCUGCCCGUUGCCAUGGGGACGGAAAGCUAUGAUGUCACCACCGUCCGGCAUCUCUCUCCCGCCGUGUUCAGGAAGUGGAUGGCUGCCCCAGCUCUUGUCCGCACUGGUACACCUGCGUGCACGCGUGGGUACACAGCAGGCCCGAGCUUCGCGCUUGUGCUGCUCACAUUCUACCCCUAAGAACUUCGCUUGAACUCUGCCCUGCCCUUAUCUCCGAGCAAGUCAAAUAAGCCCGGUUCGGCCUGUCCCAAACAGGCAGGGGCCCCUCAGACCACACCGGCGUGCUAUCCCCGGCUCUGGGGCCUCUGUUCCCAGGGCUCCGCCCAGAUCUGCUGGGCCCCGCCCCCCGGCUGCGCGGGUGGGAGGCGGGGCCGGGGGGCGCGGCCGCCUGGCUGGGGGCGGGGCGGAGGGGGGGCCGCGGCCCCGGGGCGGGGGCUCGGCGCGGGCCCGCGAGAUGCCGGUGUUGGCGGCCCGAGCGGCUGUAGCUGCAGCGGCGGGGGAGGCGGCGGCAGAGGCAGCGGCGGGGCCCGGGAGGGGGGUGGCGUGGGGGACCGGCGCGUAGCCGGGACCAUGGAGGGGCAGAGCGGCCGCUGCAAGAUCGUGGUGGUGGGAGACGCAGAGUGCGGCAAGACGGCGCUGCUGCAGGUGUUCGCCAAGGACGCCUAUCCCGGGAGUUAUGUCCCCACCGUGUUUGAGAACUACACCGCGAGCUUUGAGAUCGACAAGCGCCGCAUUGAGCUCAACAUGUGGGACACUUCAGGUUCCUCUUACUAUGAUAAUGUCCGGCCUCUGGCCUAUCCUGAUUCUGAUGCUGUGCUCAUCUGCUUCGACAUUAGCCGACCAGAAACACUGGACAGUGUUCUCAAGAAGUGGCAAGGAGAGACUCAAGAGUUCUGCCCCAAUGCCAAGGUUGUGCUGGUUGGCUGUAAACUGGACAUGCGGACUGACCUGGCCACACUGAGGGAGCUGUCCAAGCAGAGGCUUAUCCCUGUUACACAUGAGCAGGGCACUGUGCUGGCCAAGCAGGUGGGGGCUGUGUCCUACGUUGAGUGCUCCUCCCGGUCCUCUGAGCGCAGCGUCAGGGAUGUCUUCCAUGUGGCUACAGUGGCCUCCCUUGGCCGUGGCCAUAGGCAGCUGCGCCGAACUGACUCACGCCGGGGAAUGCAGCGAUCCGCUCAGCUGUCAGGACGGCCAGACCGGGGGAAUGAGGGCGAGAUACACAAGGAUCGAGCCAAGAGCUGCAACCUCAUCUAUUCUCACACAUCUAACCUCUAGGCAACAUGCACUAAAUUCAAAAGCAAGGAGAAGCCCCUGCCCCCCAUCAAUCCACCAGCCCUAGAACCUCCCUUGCCUCAACAGUCACCCAAUAAAGCCCACAUCCAUGGAAAACGGCUGUGGCUUUAGUUUUGUUGCUUUUUAAAAAAAUCAAUCUACCAAUCUCUAGCAGUAAGAGGGAAAGUUAGACCUCAGCUGGGGAACUUUCCUGUCCAUGUCCACAGAUAGAGCAGAGGACAAAGCCAUAGGUUGGAUCAGAAGUGUCCUUUUAGGAGUCAGAGUUGGGAGAAGGAGACAUCCUGGGACUGUUCAUCCUAGUUAAUGAAGUGGGCAAUUCUCAGGUCAUUAGGGGGUUUUAGAGCAGACUGACAUAUAAUUAGUCAGCAUUUCUCAGCCCAGCCAGGCCUGCUGCUAGUGUGGGAGGGGUCCUGCUCAUCAUCUGUACCCCUGGCUUGGAGCCUGCUGGUGCCCUGGGGGUUGUGGGGAUAAGGAGGCAUCAGGCCGGGCGCGGUGGCUCACGCUUGUAAUCCCAGCACUUUGGGAGGCCGAGGUGGGCGGAUCACAAGUUCAGGAGAUCGAGACCAUCCUGGCUAACACGGUGAAACCCCAUCUCUACUAAAAAUACAAAAAAUUAGCCGGGUACGGUGGCAGUGCCUGUAGUCCCAGCUGCUCGGGAGACUGAGGCAGAAGAAUGGUGUGAACCCGGGUGAACCUGGGAGGUGGAGCUUGCAGUGAGCUGAGAUUGCGCCACUGCACUCUAGCCUGGGUGACAGAGUGAGACUCUGUCUCCAAAAAAAAAAAAAAGAAGGCAUCAAAAGCCUCCACAUCACAGAAGCUACCCCUGUACAGUGUGAAGUUUCCUAAGAGGUCAGUAGUUUGAUUCUGGGGUCUCCUUAGAGGCUCAGGCCAGGGACCUUUCUCUCCUCCCAUGCUGAGUUCCGUGAUGACUUUCAGGGGAGCAUCAGCUGUUAGUCACCCCUACCCUGUCCCUUAAAGGAAAGACGGUGGAGAGGACGGCUGAGCGCCUGUUGUCAGGAAAGACAGUGCUGGUCUGUUUUCUCGGGAGUCUGGUUUCAGAUUGUCCUGUAUUCCCUCCCUGGCUCUGGUCCCACUGGCCUCUUUUCGGUGACAUUCUCCCCCAGGAACCAUCCCUGGCCCUUCCCUCCCCCAGCCCCAGCCCUAGCCAGUUCUCCCAGACACACUGGAAGAGAACACUGACCUUACCCAUCUAUCUGCUGGGAUCCCACCCAAAUUUAUAGCCCAUUCCUCCCUCAUUCAUUCAUUCAGCAAGUACGUACUGAACACCAACUGUGUGGCAUACACUGGCUUGGGAGAUUGCAAGGACCAGUCUCUAAGCUUCUGGAAGCCAGCCCAGUUGUGGAAGAGAGGUACUCCAGAUGUGAGGGUGCCAUGGCUGAGAGAUAUUUGUACAUGUAUGGGGUGCUAUGGGAGCUCCUUGCAGCCUGAGAAGCCAGUCCUGUGAGCCAGGUCCUGAGGGUUGAAGAGGAGUUUUCCGGGCAGGGAAGGGGUAGGAAAGGCACUCUGGGCAGAGGGUACAGCAUGUGUAAACACGUGGAGAUGAGAACGAGCAUAGCACUGUUGGGGUUCCCAUGGCAGGGAGAAUAGAAGACAAGGCUAGGAAGGUACACUGAGGCUACUGCAGGGUCCACAGAGGAACCAGAAUUUCAUUCUCAGGAUGAAUGAAAUCAUCCUCAGAGGAUGAAGCUACCAGGAAUUUCAGGCAGAGAGUGAAGUGAUCAGAGUUGUUUUUUGGAUAGAUGGUUAUCUGGAUGUGGUGUUGGGGCUGGGAGAUUUGGCUCUGAGGUGUGUCAUUUAAAAUAGCUUCUCGGCAGUGGCUCACACCUAUAAUCCCAGCCAAGAUUCCUCCUUUGGGAGGCCAAGCUGGAAGGAUCGCUUGAGGCCAGGAGUUAGAGACUGCAGUGAGCUAUGAUCAUGCCAUUGUCUUCCAGCCUGAGUGUCAAAGUGAGACCCUGUCUCUAAAAAAAAUAAAAAAAUAAAAAAUAAAAAAUAGCUUCUCCUUUCCCUUAUGCCAGGUUCCAGUCUUGAGAGGAAAGGAAUCCCCACCCACCACUCCCUGGCUCAUCAGAUAUCCCUAUCCCAACCUCUCCUAUAGGACUAGUUCAUCUCAGCUAGUCUCAAAGAUUCUAGGAUAACUUCAAUGGCAUUUGAAAUUAUCUAAGUGCCCUUGGAUAACCACCCCCUCAAACUGAGACCUGGUUAGGGACUGACUCAAAGACCCUGAGUCCUUGGCUAAGGGUACAGGAGAGGGCAGGAGCUCCAGGCCCAGCUAGGUAGAUCUCCAUCUGUCUCUGAGGACUGACCCUUUCCCCACAAGGACCUGCCAUAAAAAUCGACUUGUGAUUUUUAGCUGAGUGGCUUCUCUUUUCCACUUUGGACUUCUCAGUGCAUAGCAGGUUCAAGCCUGCAACCACCAAAGUGUAGAGUGUGGAGUGUUUGUGCCCCCUCUUUCCUCCAACCUCUGUCUCCUGCCAUGUGAGCUCAGGGAAUGCAAACACAUUUAAAUAUCCAUCUAAAGCAAACAUAAUUAGAAAAAUCAAUCAGCUGGAGGACCCCCCAAAGUUUAAUACAUUUUCAAUACCACCAGGAAUGGAUUUUUGGUCCCUUUCUGCAGGUCUGGGUUGCCAGACGUUUUAUUUCUGGGGAGGAGGGCUCUGGGCUGAGGAGCUCAGUGGGUGGGAGGAGGGAAUGGGACUGUUCCUGAUCCUCAAAGGCCUCUGUAGGAUGGAGGGAGGGGACCCUACUCCCUUCCCCACCCCAGAUGCAGGAGUCAUCCAGCUUCCUUCUCUGCAGCUGUUUCCCUCACAAAUUAGACACUGGUUUGGGAAACAAUGUAGCCUCGUUAAACAUUUAAUGAAAUAAACAACUAAUCACACUGUGA